AGGAAUUUUCCCAGUUGGUCUCAACCACUGUCGUCUAUGAGCUAUUUCCCAAGCUCUUUCUGUCUCGUUCUUCUCCUCUCAGACUCGGAUCUUUCGGUCCUCUCCUCAGCGGAUGAGAACACGAGAGUCGUUGAAAUCAUGGACAUCUUCCCCCAAUGGCGGGGGGUUCUGAAGUAAAACAUCCAGAAUGAAGAGCGAAAUCAGAGAAGUAGUGCAUGGUCUUUCCAUGAGGCAAGGAGAUUAGGAUGAAGUGUCCCCAAACUCCGGGGCAUAUCUGAGAGAUCUAAGAGAGAUAUUGAAUUCCUAUUUCUUUCCUCACUGCACUCGAAAUGAACUACCGAUUUUGCAUGAUUUCUCGGUACAAAUGCUUCUGCAAUCCACAAGACAAUUCGGCAGUGUUGCGAAAUCUGGUUGCCUCUUCACAUUCUUCCACCUCCAUUAUGCUGCUUCAUAUCCAGCAUCCAGUUUUACGCUUUUCGCAGAUUCGUGAGUCGGAUAUAAAGAUACAUCGGAAUCAAAAAUAUAUUAUAAAAAUGAUGCAUGUAUUUUACUUGUUUCUCGGAUUCGGGUUCUAUUGCUCUUGAUCAACAAUUUCGAGCCCGUCAUUCAAGAGGUAUCUAUCUACCUUUCAAGAUCCAUUCCCAUGUAUUGAUCAAGAUCAUUGAAGGCGUUUAACAUGCAGGCGAGGGAAUGGAUAUCUGCCUGUGAUAUGUGCUUGAUAGCACUAGACGUUCAACUUCAUUAACAGAAGUCUGGCCUUGCGUGAGGUGCUAUUGUCUUCCAUUAUUGUUCGUGGACUGAUCUGGCCAGGAAAAGUCUAAGAUUGGUGAGAAUCGAGGUCUCUGGUGAUGGGAGGUAGGACGGUGGCUUGUACAGUACGAGUCAUAGCUACAUGAGAGACAUGCAGUGUAUUGGGAAAGAUUUGAGAGGUGGAGGUAGAGGCGGAGUGUCGCUGGGUAACAUCGCCGGAACGACAUCUGUCAAUGUCUUCCUCAGUACAGUGGUAUUAUCUUUUUCUGUCCUUACACCCAGGAAGAUGCCAGUUAUCCCGCUAGGAGUAAUAAUCACUAUGAUUGUAGUACAUCCGCCAACGGAUUGGCUAUCAUUCGGCAAACGAUGGGACAAUGAAGAGGCAGACGAUGGAACGAUGAACGCUACCCAGGAUGAUGCGACUUGCAAGGAUGGGAAGAAGUAG